AUGGAUGAUAUUGGAAGAAGUAAUGAUAUCUCAAAACUUAUCGAUUUUUCUAUGAUUGCCGCUGAUUUACACGUUGUCUAUUUUUUUGCAACAAGUCUUUUGCGAAAACUUCAAUUAUCUCAUCCACAAUUACCAAGAUAUAAUCAACAUAUUAUAACAAUUUGUCGAUUUCUAAUGAUUGCUGCAAACGUCAAACGUAUUUCUGUAACUCGUCAAAAACCAACUGCCGAAAGUUUUGAUCAAAAUGUUAUUAUUCAAUUUCUUCCAAUGUUUUCAUCGCUUUUAGCACAAGAUACAAUUCGUGUUGAUAUUUUAAAAAGAGAGAAAAAAGGGGCAAAAAUUAGAGGAUUGUGUAAAACUGAUUCACUUUCAAACCCACCAUCUGAAGAAAUCACACAAUUUUUGGAAAAUAAUUCAACAGCUGCAUUAUUAUGGACCAUUCAUUGUAUUGGAAUAUUACCAAUGACAAGAGAUUCUGUCGAUUUGAAAGGAGUUUUGAGAUAUUUUUCUGCUCUUCCAAUCGCUAUUAAAACAGUGAGUUAUUUAAUUCAAUAGUAAACAAUUUUUGAAAAAUAUUGCAAUUUAGCUAACAACCCGUGGAGUCUGGACUCAUCUACUUUGUCAUACCCUCAUGGUUUCUAGUCAAUUUGAACCACUUUUGAGACAAAAUCAACAAUUUCAUCAAGUUAUUAUGGAGCAAAUUAUUCAUGAAAAUUUAAUGGAGGAUGAUAUAAUGAAAUAUCAAAUUCUCCGAUUAAUCAAUCAACUCGGUUAUAUUUGGGGUGUUCCAAGAUGUUUGCAAAUGAUGGAAGUUAUUCAACCUGGAUCUGAGGUAUGAAUAUUGUAUGAUAAGAUUUUGUUAGAACUUUGAAAUUUUCAGAAUGUUUGUAUUUCGAGUGCCCACGAUUCGACUCGAUUCCGUCAAAAUUUCCAAAAAGUCACAGAUAAACUUCAACCGAAAACACCCCUUUCACCGGUUAGUUAAUAUUGUUUCUUGUUGUUUUUGCAAACUUCAAUUUUUCCAGCCAAAAUUUCCGAGUUUCGGAUCUCCACCCCCGUUUGGAUCUCCUAGAUAA